AUGAUCAAAACAGAAUUGAUUGAUUCAAAGAAAUAUACUCCCAAAAAAAUUAUAAGAGAUAUCUUAUAUAUAAUUCCUUUUAAUAAUCGCUAUACAAAGUCAUAUUUAUAUCUUGCCAAACUAAUAUCUGAUGAUUAUCAUAUGGAAGAGGUCAACUAUGUUGAAGAAAUUCCAAACUACCUGUUUUAUAAAGAAUAUGGAAUUAAAUUAGACAAAUCUGCCGAUUUUAAAAAAAUUGACUUAGAAAAUCUGGAUAUUCAUAUAGAAAAUACAAUUUACAGGGCAAUUAUGUAUAAUGACUUAGAAACAUUCAUCCAAUUCACAGAAAGAGAUGAUUUUGAUCAAAGCCGGGGCCUUAAAUGUAAAUUGUAUGUAUAUUAUGAUGGCGAUUAUUCAUUACUUGAAAUAUGUUGUUACCAUGGAGCUGUUGAUUGUUUCAAGUUAUUAAGAUCGAAAUUCGACUCAAGCAUAACCGGAAAUUGUCUCCGUUUAUCAUUUUUAGGUGGAAAUCCAGAGAUCAUGAGUGAAUGUUUGAAAUAUCAAAGACCGGAUAAAGAAUGCAUGGAAUAUGCUAUUGUUUCACACAACAUUGAUUUUGUUACAUUCUUGAUGAACGAGUACGAUUUAAAGAUCAAUUUAUCUUAUUGUGCAAAAUAUAAUAAUCUUGAUGCAUUGUUAGUUUAUUUCGAUCAAACUAAUGAUAUUAAUAAAUGCUUUAUUCAAUCAGCGAGGUUUAAUAUUACAUCUCUUUGCGAAUAUUUUCUUUCACUUGGUGCAAAUAUCAAUGAAAAAGAUGAAUUUGAAAAAACCACUCUUCAUAUUGCAGCAGAGUAUAAUAAUGAAGAGAUAGCAGAAUUUCUUAUUUCACAUGGCAUAAAUAUCAAUCAAAAAGCUAAAUAUGGAUACACUGCUCUUCAUAUUGCAGCAAACUAUAAUAGUAAAGAAACGGCAGAAAUUCUUAUUUCGCAUGGUAUAAAUAUCAACGAAAAAAGUAAUGAUGGAUCAACCGCUCUUCAUAAUGCUGCAUAUAAUAAUUAUAAAGAAAUGGUCAAGAUUCUUCUUUCACGUGGUGCAAAUAUCACUGAAAAAGAUGAAUUCGGAGAGACUGCACUUUCAGUUGCAUUAGUCCAUAAUAGAAUAGAAACAGCCGAAUUUCUUGUUUCAAAAUUUUCAAAUAUCAAUGAUGAAGAUAAAUAUACAAAAUUUGUUCUUCACUCUGCAGCAUCUGCCAAUUCGAAAGAAACAGUCGAACUUCUUCUUUCACACGGUGCAAAUAUCAAUGAAAAAGAUAUUGAUGGACAAACCGCUCUUCAUUAUGCAGCAGAAUUUAACAGUACAGAAACAGUCAAACUUCUUCUUUCACACGGUGCAAAUAUCAAUGAAAAAGAUAUUGAUGGACAAACCGCUCUUCAUUAUGCAGCAGAAUUUAACAGUACAGAAACAGUCAAACUUCUUCUUUCACAUGGUGUAAAGAUCAAUGAAAAAGAUAAUGAUGGAAAAACCACUCUUCAUUAUGCAGCAGAAUCAAACGGUGCAGAAACCGCUGAAAUUCUUAUUAAACAUGGCGCAAAUAUCAAUGUAAAAGAUAAUGAUGGGGAAACCGCUCUUCAUAUUGCAUCACAACAUUACGGUAAAGAAACUGUCGAAGUUCUUCUUUCACAUGGUGCAAAUGUCAAUAAAAAAGAUAAAUUUGGAAAAGCCGCUCUUCAUUAUGCAGCAGAAUUUAACAGUACAGAAAUAGCCAAACUUCUUCUUUCACAUGGCGCAAAUUUCAAUGAUAAAGAUAAAAAUGGAAAUACAGCUCUUCGUAUUGCAUCAUCUCACGAUAAUGACGAAACGGCUGAAAUUCUUAUUGAAUAUGGGGCCAAAAAGUAA